CGUGGUGGUACGUCUGAGUUUCUAUCUGCGCUACAGGGCUGAUGUUGCCAGCAUAUAGGGGCUCUUCAGGCUUCAAGUUGCAUGUCGCCAACCUGAAGUCUCUCUCUCUCACCCUGGGCCCGAACACGACGGCACCUCUCGUCUCUCUCGGCAUCUCGGUUGACUACCAGCCUUUCGUGACCGUCAACGUCUCCGAAGGCGUAAACGAAAUCGAUGUCACCGGAGCCAACCCGUCGUCAUCGGUGGUUAGGUUCAACGUGGAGGAGUGGCAGGACAAUCGCAUGAACCUCGAGACCAUCGAGCUGAACCCGGACGCGGAACUGCUCCCGUACGUCCCGCAACCGCUUGCCUUCCAGUUCAUCGGCGACUCGCUCUCGGCCGGCCAGUUCCUGCCCAUGGGCGUCGACCAAGCGUGGAACUUUAUGACGGCAGAAACGUUCAAGGCCGAGCACCGCAUUAACGCGCAGCCAGGUGCCGCCCUGACCGACAUGGAAUCGUAUGGGAACGUCCACGGCGUAUCUUUCCAGUACUUCCGCACGGAGGACACGGGCUAUUAUAACACUCCCCAGCACAAUUAUACAACGCCAUGGGACUUUCUGCGCGACCAGCCGCCGCCGACUCACUUUGUGAUCCACAUCGGUGCGAACGACGCGUCGUGGGACGUCCCCGAGGCGAACUUCACCCAGACUUACCUGGCGUUCGUGGAGCGGAUUCGUACCAUGUACCCGGUCGAGCCGAUCUUUGUGUUCACUCCCUGGGGCUGGCCGCAGCCGGACGGCCCGAACUCGUAUUACUAUCCGAACGCCUAUGCGGAUGUCGUCGCCGCUAGACAUGCACUCGGCGACGAGCAGGUCUUCCUGGUCAACACAACGGGCUGGGUGGACUACUCCAAUGUUUACCCCGGGAAUAUCCAUCCGAACGUCGAGGGACACCAGAAGAUCGCUGGCUUGUUCCAGACUUGGUUGCGGGACUGGGGGCUGCAGUCCGUACCGGAGUGGUUGACACCUGCGUAGAGCAUCUGGAAAUACUGUAUAUGUUGUACUUCUACGGAUAGCGCUCUCGCGGACGAGCACCAGCGCCACCACAUUGUGACAGUACUUUUGUGUUGCAGUGAUCUUAACCUGUUGGCAUCGCGGUCCUGGAGAGUCGCACAAGAGGUAAGACUCAGUACUCAGUACUCGGC